AUGGCUCGAUCGCACCCAAAUGUGGAUUCACUGAAGGCCGCUUUGCUCAAAGCAUGGGAUGAUCUUGACGAUGACUACCUCCGGCGCACCGUCGCUUCUGUUCCAGCUCGUUUGAAGGCGUGCAUCAAGGCCGAAGGCUCAAACUUCGAAUAUCUCCUCUGA